AUUCGAUCAUUUGUACCUGAUAUUUAAUGUCUCAUUAACAUGUAAAUUCUUUAGACACGCUCUACUUAAUAAUAUUAAUUUUGGAAUCGUGUAGAAAUAGACUAGUAAACAUUAGAUUCGGUUAUGUGUAAUUUUAUUAUUAUUAUUGAUACAAAUGUUAGGUUGAAUAUUACGUGAAAAUCUGAUUGACGCGUUAAUGUCAUUUUUUAAUUAACGUGCCAAAUCAUACUGAAUGAAUGCACAGUUAGUAUUGCUAUUGUCCAUGACCACAGCACUUAUACGAGCAAUACGGAUACACAAGUUAUAUUUAUAAGCUUUUUAUAAAAAAUUGAGAUCAAUAAUAAUUGCCGUCUCGUGAGUCGUGAUACAUUUUGCAUUGUUACAAUGAACUAUAAUAAUAUGUCUACACCGUGAUUAUGAAUUAUUCACAUUUUGGCCAAUAUAUAAAGCAGAUCAAAACAAGUAUAGCCAGUAUAAGCAAUUAAUCGGUGAACAGACAUCAAACAUCAUGGUAUUUUAUGGUGUUUUAGAAAAACUUUGUAUUAUUAUUAUAAUAUAUUUUUAGCUUGUGCAUUAUCAUUCCAAUAUUAUUGUUUCCACAAUUAUAAUCGUAAUGCAUACUCAAGUCCCAAGGUCGGUUGUUGUAAUAAGCCGAACGUGCACGUAUUAUAAUUUAUAAUAUUCUUGUACGUUGUGGUACACUCGCGGUUGAUUGAGAUUUCUCCGAUAAAAAAAAAAUUUUAAAUAUAAAGGUUGAUAACGAUAACGCCGUUAGCUUCUGAAGAAACGGACACUUCUAUCUCCCGGGAAUACCUUCUAUCGCAACCAAAAUCGAAAUCAUCGCCCCUUUCGGUCCGUAAAAAACUUCUAGAAUUAAAAAACAAAAACCCGUCGUCGCUUUCUUCUCGGUGCGUAAAAAUAGUAAACGCCAACCCCUCCCCCCCACACACACAUGGCUGCCACUCAUCAUGGUUAUUACCGUAUGCAGCAUACAGAGCGUUCGCGGUGCGAACGUCGCGAGCGGCGAACCGUAGACAAGCAGCAGCAGCUGUUACCCCUGCCCCUGCCACCGUCUCGGGCGGUUUCGCGUCGCCGUCGUCGGCGGCAGUGUGGUGUGUUCUCUUUUUCGUAUUUCUGGCCCGCGCUUGUCGGAGGGGGGUGAGCGAGCGGAGCGCGUACGCGGCGGCGGCGGCGGCUACACCACACCGGCGGCCAACCACCGCCAGCUGUUCCGCGCAGCCGGACACAAAAGAACGCGACGCAAACAGUGUCUGCCCGCCCGUCCACCACCAGUUCGUGCGCGGUCGCCGUCCGGUGUGUUUCUCGUUCGUGUGUUGUGCGCGCAUGCAAUAUCGUUUCGCGUCAAUCCGUCCGUUCGUCCGAACUUUGUGUGCGUUUUCGAUUUUUUCUAGAAUCAUUUCUUGCUCCCGUCCGUUUUCGCCACACAGUCGUCGUUUUAACGAGUGUAUUCGUUCGACGAUUCGUCUAAGUGUCAGUUAAAACAACUGUUGUACGUACCUCGCCGAAACUCGGCCCUCUCCAACGCUAUCGGACGACAGCAGCAAUGAUUAUGGACGUAAAAUGAAAAUCUGUUUCGUCUUUUACCCGGGAAAAGCUACUCAGGUUGUACCUUUGGUCGCGGCGACACAGGAAGAGGACGAGGACGAGGACGAGGACGACGAUAACGAUAACGUCAAAGCCGUCGUCGAAGACCACGACAAAAACAAUAACAACAACGACAAAAAUAACAAUAACGAAGAUCACGAACACGACCACGACGUCGUCAUCUCCAAAGAACCGGCGCCGUCCGACGACAUGAACUCGUACGAGGCGAGUUGGCAAGAGUGCCGGUUGAAGUGGUGUCUGCGGUCGCGAAGCAAAGAGCGUCACGAUGCUGUCGCCGGUUGGACUGAAGACGACGAAGACGACCAUGGUGAAGGCAGUGGUGGAAGUCGAGGCAGAACGCAGGUCGUUCGCAGGAAUCCGUCAGAAAAGCGGCAGGCAUGCAGCAGCGACAGCACGGGCAGCAGCCAAGAAGAACAGGACGCCGCGGCAUGGGCGGCCGCUUCGGCCCGUCGACCUAAGGCCAAACCACUGAGUCGCGUGCAGAGCGUCCGCCACGACACGGCCGCACACCGGUACCGAACUCGUCAGCGGGUGGCCGCUGAAAUUCUGGACGAGCAGCGGGCCGAAGCGUCGGCGGCGGCAGCGCGUGAUCUUUGCCGGUCGUCUGCGGCCAAGAUCAAGAAAAGUCUGUCGUUCCGGAAUCCAGCACCCAAAAAGGUGGCCACCGGUGGCGACCGUCUACUCCGGGUCGUUUCCGAUGACGAUCACUUCAGCCACCACCAUCACCACAACAACAAUAACAACGACAACCGUCAACCACGUCGCCACCACAACAAGGAAAAAGAUCAUUGUCAUCACCACGAUGACGGUGAUGAUCAACAACAAUACCACCAACAGCAACAACUGUUAACCGUGGACGCGGGUGCGUCCUUCGUCGCCACUGCCACUGAAACCACCGUAUCCCCAUCGACCGCGAACGCCACUGCAGGCGACAGUGGCAGCAGCGGUGGCCAAGACAAUUUCGCCAUUCCUAGGCCCAAACUCAUAGUUCCUGUACACACGUAUGGUCUCAGAAAGCGCAGGACCGGUAACACGAUCUCAUCGAACCGAACCGCCAGCGAUGUAAACGCAGCUUCAGCUUCCAGCACCGUCGCCUCCUCUUCCGGCAGCUCGUCGACCGCCACCGCCUCUGACACGAAAAAACAUCACAACUCGUGUCCAGGUAAAAAAAAUCACUUAUUCCUACUAUUAUUUUAUAAGAUACUAUCUGUAUAACUCGACUUUCCCCGAGAUAAAAAUAUGUACUAACAUAAAAUACGCCGCUACAUUGGUGACUGGUGUAUUCUAAAAUCUCAACCAUUGCCAAUCGGCUAAGAUAUAGAACUUGCAAUAUUUUCGACACCUCAAACUUAAUCUCUAUACUAUUGUGAUGACUGAAACUUAGUCAAAGUCGGAGUUUAUAAGCUACAAAAAAAGACCAUUGCCUUUUGUUGUAUAAUCUAAUAACAAAUAAAUAUUAUAUAAAAAUACUAUAGUAUACAGCAAUGCAAGGCGAUUCGGUUAUAGUGACUAUAGAAAAAUAUAAGUAUAUUAUAUAAUAUAUUUAAUCUUUGCUAGAAGUAAAACACCUACUAACUUACUUUAAUAUGUUUAUUGUUUAAUCUAUGCUUCUAGUCACUAGCCUAGUUGCUAAAGGAUUUUUUUCUGUAUCCAAUGGAAACCAUUUACAGGUAUAAACAAACAAUUAUUCGAUUUUCUGAUCGCAUCCUUAAUCAGUUAAAAAAGUAGAUUAAAAACCCUGCGAUUCUCAGGAAUCUAUUGAUUUAACUUUUAUUGAAAACGGUUCUGUACACCUGUAGUUUUUGAGAUUAUCGUGGUUAAAUAUCACAUAGAUUCACCUUUUAGAUUCUGAGUGGAGCGAUGAAUGUUUUGAUUUUACAAUGAUGUGUGUUUUUUUUUAUUUAUUUUUUUUGUGUCUGUGUACACGAUAAGUAGU